AUUAACUUUUAUAUUCAUAUUUGUUUUAAAUAAAUAACUUGAAUAACAAUCAACAACUAAUAGCUAUAACUAUGUCUGAACGUCAAAACCGCUUUGAAAUUAUCGACGGCCAAAAGGUUGAAAUCGACAAGCUUGGAAACGUCAAACCAGUUGAAGAAGAGGUUGGAGAACCAAAGACAAGACAUGAAAAGAGAGCAGCCCAGCCAAGAACUGCAGUCUCUCCUCCUGAUAUUCGCCGAGGACGCGACCGCGGUGUAGACGCGCCUUCUGCACAUGAAACCACAGACAGCACACCCGUAUCUGUAUCUAGUCACAAGAGUUCCCCACCUCAUGAAAAAGGUCAUCAUGAGUCUUCUGGCUACCAUCCCCAUGGAAGACCCACAGAGAGUUUUGGCAACCUUGGUUACGGAACUACUGAAAAGAAGGUCAAGCAAGGCUGGGGAGAUUUGGUUGAAUCUGAAUUGAAUGUUGCUGUUGAGCCUCAAGACCCAAAGGAUCCUGCUAGUGCUGGCUCCCCUCUGCCAAAGGGAAAUGAUGAUGCCGAUGAUGGCAAGGUUGAGACCUUGGAUGAGUACCAGGCCAGUCAGCACAAAUUACCUGAAAAGUUCCGCAAGCCUGAGCCACGUCCACCAAUUGAGGAUCCCUCCGACCCACUUGUUAAAAAUGCAGUUCCAUUCAAGAGAGAUUAAUAUUUCUUUGUUUUUCUUAUUUAAUAUGAUUAUAUAAUUAAUUAAUUAAUUAAUUAAUUAAUUAAGUAAUUAAGUAAUUGGUUGAUUUAAUUGUUUAAAAAGAAAAAGAUAUGUAUAUAUGUUUAUGUAUGUAAUCUAAUAUAAUAUAAUAUAAUAUAAUAUGGUAUAUAGUGUAUUAGUGCUUAGUAUUAGUGCAGUAUAAUAGAUAUAUAAAAUAUAUAUUUAUUUUUAUUC